GUUUUUCAAACUGUUAAAAUAAAAUGAAAUAAACAUUCUUGAAUCGAUGGUGCAUAGCAUGCCAAUGGCUUGUAUAGGUCGUGCAUUCGGGUUACGCUGUACGUAUAUUUCCGACUUCCUCGUACGAAGUUGAAUGAAAAUAUUGUAGUCGUAUGCUGGAUGGAAGUUUGAAUGAGAAAUCUGAAAAAGCAAAUUUUUGCUGGAGUAAUUUAAUGAUGUAGAGUUUCGUGAAAUCUAGUACAGCUGGGUUUCCUGUAUAAGAAAAAGUGAUAUUUGUUUGGUGCUUCUACAUGGUGGUCAAACUAUGGCAGGAAAAGAUGGUGCAGAUGAAGUAGUUAAACAAGGUUUAAUGAUAAAACGAUCUCAAAAUAAAAAGAGAUUCACACCAGUGAAUUACAAGCAGCGAUGGUUCGUCCUCACAAGGCGUUUUUUGAUAUAUUACGACAGUGAUGGCGAGAAGCCGACGCGCAAGGAGCGCGGCCGCGUGGAGGCGUGCACGGUGUCGGUGGUGGAGCCCGCGGUGCUCGGCGCGGCGCCCGGCGCCGCCCCCGCCGCCAGCGGCAGCAGCUCCAGCCUCGCGGCGCCCGCCCCCGCCGCCCCCUCCGCCGCCCCCGGCGACUCGUCGGGCGAGGCGCACCCGCCCGGCUACCCCUUCCUGGUGGGCUACACCGAGACGGGCCAGGAGUACGCGCUCUACCUGCUGGCCGGCCGAGACCAGGACCGCCACGACUGGAUCGCCGCCAUUCGCGCAGUGUGCCAGGACAGCGGCGCGACGCCGGCCGGCCGCUUCCACCCGGGCCUGUGGUCGGGCAAGCGCUGGUCGUGCUGCCGCGGGCCCGCCCGCCACUGCGACGGCUGCGAGCCCUGCUCCGCCUGGGACGCGACCCCCGGACCCGCGGCCGCCCCCGCCCUCGCCCUCGGCCGCGGCUCCUCCGAGUCCCUCUCGGCUGCCAACCACACGCCGCUGCGGCUAGGUCCACCAUCAACUCCCAUCAUGCCUGGUGGGGCACCUGGAACUCCCUCAGCGAAAGCCAAAGAAAAGCUAAUGAUCCGGCCAAAGGUGGUGGUCGCUCUUUACCCAUUCAAAGCAAUUGAAGGUGGUGACAUAUCAUUGGAGAAGGGUGCUGAGUAUGAGGUGCUUGAUGAUUCACAGGAACACUGGUGGAAGGUGAAAGACGAGCAUGGGAACAUAGGUUACAUCCCUAGUAACUAUGUGAAGGAGAAAGAAUUACUGGGCCUUCAGAAAUAUGAGUGGUAUGUUGGAGACAUGUCCAGACAGAGAGCAGAGUCACUUCUGAAACAGGAAGACAAGGAAGGGUGCUUUGUGGUGCGAAAUUCGUCCACAAAGGGUCUCUACACACUCUCACUAUAUACCAAAGUUCCUCAUCCCCACGUGAAACAUUAUCACAUCAAACAGAACUCUCGGGGAGAAUUCUUCCUGUCCGAGAAGCACUGCUGCAGCUCGAUACCGGACCUGGUCAACUAUCACCGCCACAACAGUGGUGGCCUUGCAUCACGGCUCAAGGCUAGCCCCUGUGACCGCCCUGUUCCUGCCACUGCUGGCCUCAGCCAUGAUAAGUGGGAGAUUGACCCACAAGAACUGAUGUUGUUGGAAGAACUUGGCUCCGGGCAGUUUGGCGUCGUUCGCCGUGGCAAAUGGCGCGGAUCUAUAGAUGUCGCUGUAAAGAUGAUGAAGCAGGGGACUAUGUCAGAAGAUGACUUCAUUGAGGAAGCUAAGGUCAUGACGCGGCUGCAGCAUCUCAACCUGGUCCAGCUGUACGGUGUGUGCAGUAAGCACCGGCCAAUCUAUAUUGUGACGGAGUACAUGCGUCACGGCUCGCUGCUCAACUACCUCCGCCGGCACGAGGCCUCGCUCGGCGGCAACACCGGCCUGCUGCUCGACAUGUGCAUACAGGUGUGCAACGGGAUGGCGUAUUUGGAGCGCCACAAUUAUAUCCACAGAGACCUGGCAGCACGGAAUUGUCUGGUUGGUUCAGAAAAUGUCGUGAAGGUUGCCGACUUUGGUUUAGCAAGGUAUGUUUUGGAUGACCAGUACACGAGCUCUGGUGGCACCAAGUUCCCCAUCAAGUGGGCACCUCCUGAGGUGCUCAACUACACCAGGUUCUCUUCGAAGUCCGAUGUUUGGGCUUAUGGAGUCCUGAUGUGGGAAGUGUUCACAUGUGGCAAAAUGCCUUACGGGCGUCUCAAGAACACUGAAGUCGUUGAAAGGGUGCAAAGGGGCAUUGUACUGGAGCGACCAAAGGCGUGUUACAAAGAGGUGUAUCAGGUGAUGCGCAAGUGCUGGUGCCAUGCGCCAGAGGACCGCCCGUCAUUCCGGUCACUCAAGGAGCAGCUGGUGAGCGUCUCACAGGGUGUCAUGGCUGACUGACUGCCCCCGGCACCCUUCCCUCCGGCCGCCCCACCGCCGCCGCUCCCGGAUUCUGUGUCCACGCCUGCAUCCGUACCUGUGCCCACUCCGAGCCCAGCAUGCAUAUUCUGCACAUCCUACGGCCACCCUUGGGCCGAACUGUGCCGUGCCAUCCAAGCGAGCCGUCGGACUGCUAAGUAGUGGCAGCAAAUGGGCACUGUUAGUGAGGAUCAGGCCAUCGGCUGUCGUACUGCGGCCAAUGUUUCAGUGGAGGUACAUCUUCUGUUGGCAGACAUUAUCUAAUAACUUAUCUGUCCAUCUCGUCUCUUUGAUCUCAUGUCAUACACUGAUUCAUUAUAUUUGGAGAUAUACUCCAAGUGUGUAUCACUCACUCUGAAGAAGUGUUUUUUUGUGCAGUGGUAAUUGUAAUAUUUUAAAUGCAUCAGAAGUGACUCGGAAGACACUGUUACGGCUGAAUAUUGAAGUUAAUGAUACCACAUGUUUAACCAGGUGAUUGAUAUUCCACCUGGCUGCACAUAUUCUUGACUGUAGUUUUGUGUGUGAUGGUACCCAGUCUGGAAACUGUUGUUGUGAUUCCUGAUUCAUAAAUUGUAUUUAUUCCUAAUGACCCUAGUCUCUGUAUCUUGAUAUUACUCAAAUGAAUUUUGUUGCGAGCACUAGAUUAAUGGAAGGAAUCGUUUUAGCUGUUGUCGUUGUGCCAUACUCUGUAACCAGCAGUGGGUGGAUUGUAUGUGAAUUUAGAACUCUGGCUGUGAGGGUGAAUACUGCUGCCAUUUACUUGGACAGUGUAUGUUUUUAGUGCUUUCCUCUGCUACUUUUAUCAAGAUCUUGUACGCACAAUGUCCUGGAAUAGCAGUGUGAGUAAUUUAUUAGGAAAGCCUCGUGUUAAAAUGUUAGGAAGAUUUUUUACUACUGCAAUUAUUUUUUGGUAAGCUGUUGUAAUAUUUUAUUAAAUUGUUAGAAAUUAAUUUCUGAGAUGUGUGUGUUUGCCAAGAAGUUCCAUAAUUGGGUAUUUAUAUAUGAGGUUGCAUGUGAUACGUUGGAUAUGUUAUAUCCUCUGAAUUAGAAAUAAUUUUAUAUCUGCUGUCUAAACAUUAGAAUGUGUGUGUGAACGUGUGCAUUUGUAAGUGUGUGUGUGUGUGUGUGUGUGUGUGUGUGUGUGUGUGUGUGUGUGUGUGUGUUCGCUGAGAAAUUGUAAGGUUUUUUUAUUGUGUUGAUAUAUAAGGUACCAUUACACAACGCUUCCUCAUGUGUUGAGGUUUUAUUGAAAAGACUUAGAAAUGUAUCACUAUUGGACUGAAAAUAGUUCAUAGCUGUUUCUCAAAUUGCAACUUGGAAGUAUCUUUAGUUAGGUAAUUACCAAUAGAUUAAUUUAUUUAAGCAGGGAAUCUUCAGUGGAAUAGAAUAAGUGACAUUCCUGGUGUUGUAGUUCUGAAUUUCUGGUGCACAAAAAUAAAUUUUGUGGCCUUAGAAGAAUAUGUCUUACACAAUUAAAAAGAAACAAAUUACUUGUCAACAGAUUAUAAAUGUACGCUCUGCUGCAUAAUAAUUUGUUAAUGACAAUUCACAGUUAAUCAGUUUUCUGUUAGAAACUUUUAGGGACCAGGUAAUUUUUAACUAAUCAACAAAGAAACUUUGCUUUAUCUCUUUCUUCAUUUGGAAAUUUACUGACCUUUGUAAUGUCCUAAACACUGGAAUUUUGAGUAAAUGAAAAAAAGAAAAAAAAUCUGACUGCAUAGUCACAAGCAUAUUGCUGCUACUCAGAAAUGUGCUUUCCUAAACAUUCGCUGUUAACAAGAUAAGGUUGUGUAACUUGGUUGAAAAUAUUCACAACGUCUUGUACUUAAUAUUGUUGUGUGCCUAGCAGUAGAUUUUGCUGAGUGUCAUGAACAUAGUUUAGGCACUGUACUUACACAAAAACUGGAAAGGUGACUUUUUAAUUUCUUCUAUAACUCAGAGUGUGGUUUUUCAGUUUUGGAAUUGAUAGACUUUUUCCCAUCAUAAAUGAAUGAAAAAAUUCAUUUUAACAGCAUAAUAAUGUAAAGUAAGAACUUUUGUCCAGAGUAGCUGUUAAAACAAGAAUGUAUAUUUUUGGCCUUGUAGAUGAGAGAGAGAGAGAGAAAUUUGUAAAACAGGUGUGUAAAAGAAAACCUCUAUCACUUCUCAUGUAAUAUUCUGUUUGAAAUUGCCAUAUUUCAGUACAUCAAACAUUUUAAAAUUUAAGGUCACUGCUUAAUAUAAUGUGAACUGCUGUGUACAGUAAGCGGUAGUUAGAUUGUUUAUCAAAGCUUGAAAUAUUGCAUAUGUACAGUGAGGGUGCAUAUGUGCACAUUUGUUCAGGUGCUCAAUGUAACAUUCACAUGAUAAAACCAGUUAAUUUCUGAAGUAAGAUUAGGUUUUAAUGUCUCUUUCUACAUCAUUUUAGUUCCUGCAGAAUAAAUGUAGCAUGUAGUCUUUUCUGCAACAGUAUUCCACUGUGUUCCUAUGUCGUAGGUGCAGUACACUUUAUAAAAAGUUGUAGCUGACUGUUCUUCGUCCAUAUUUUGAUCAGAAGUAUUGCAAUUUCCUUUUUAUAUAAGAUCACGGAACUCAAAACUUCCUUUUUAUGCAUCAUGGUUUGGUGUGUGGCCAUCAAAAAUAUCGAUUGCAAACUGCUCAUGGCAGCAGGAACAUUCUUGGACUUCCAUUGCAGUUUGUCUAACUGUAGUACAGACUGUAUUGUAUACUGAAACAAAAAUAUUAAAAUGCCCAGAGUAAGUGUUCAUUUGAAAAAUGUACUGCCAUGUGUUGUUCUUGUGAUAUUGAAUAUCUUUCAAUACUGAUAUAACUGUUGGAUGGUUAUAAUACGGCACUGAUUGCGAGAAAAAAUGUCAUUUUAUACAAAUUCUAUGUGAAAAUGUUGUGUGCUUAUUGCCUGUUUAAGAUGAGAGGACUUUUUGUAAAAGUUGCCAUUGGUUGCAUCUCUGUAAGCAGAGGUUGUCUAGUAGUGUUGUUAGAUUAAUAGCUAUGUUUAAUGUCAACAGUGUUUUAGGAGUGCUUAUUUGUUGAUGAAGACUCUUUAUUUAUAUUGUAAAUGCUGAGUGAUAGGCAUAGAGCAUAUAUCUAGUAACUUUUUUUGUGUAAAUAGACCCAUUUGUUUAAAAACAUUUGUCAGGCUAUACCUGAAUCCCGAUAUUUAGGGGAUAAUGGUUUAGUGCAGUUUUAUCGUUAUUAGAACUAAGAACUGCAUGCAUAAGAUUGGAUACUUCCCCUAGUUUACCAUUUCAUCCUGUCUUUAUUUUAUAUUCCUAGACUGUGAUAUGUUUUACACAGCUGUUGUUAAAAGAUCAGAGUAAAGUGGAGUGCAGAUAUAUUGGCUGAUCUCUUAACAAUACUGUGUUUCACAGAACUGAAUUAAGCAGUAGUGUGAAAGAAAAAAAAGUUUGUAUUUUUGUGUUUCAGUUAUCAGGUGGCCACAGUAUUGAGAGCUUUUGUGAUGAUAUAGUUUGUGUACCUUUAUAUUCCGUGACCCAUAUUAUAGUGUCAUUAUUUCUAUGCAAUUAUAAAACUUCAUGAUAUGACAGAUAUCAAUUGGAUUUCAAUAUUAAAUAACUGCUGGGAACUUUUGAAUCACAUUGGAAAAUUAUCUGAUGUGGCAUAUGUAAGAAAUUUCCUUAACUGUGAAGCUGGAAGAUUUUGUCAGAAGUGCCAAAGCAUAUACUGCCUUGUACACUUUUUUAUUAAUGAAAAUCAGUAAAUAGACAAGUAUAACAGUAAAAUUUUUCUAGCAGAUUUACAUUCUCCAAAGAUAAAUAUUCUGAGGAAAGCACAUAAAAAGUCAGAAUGGAAUGCUCCAUGCAGUCAAUAUUAUCUAUUGGGAACCCAUUUCUCCAUAUCCUUUUUAUGAUGGAUUGUUAGUAGCUCCUAGCAUGAUAGUGUGCUAUUAACAGGAACAAAUGUAGUUGUCUAGAAUGUACAUGAUGCAUGUAGCAUCUCAGAUAUGGCAGUUACUGAUGAUGUAACAGAUGCUGCAAGUAUACAGUCAUUACUAGUAGCAAUUUUAAGUGGAAGUUUAGGUCCUCACUUUGGCAUAAAUUACUAAAGUGCUUAUGACACAAAGUAGGGUCAUUUAGAAAAACUUCAGCAUCACAAUUAUGUUCCUUAAAAAACUUAUAAUCAAAUCAAAACCUCUUGAAUAUAUGUUCUUUCACAUGCUUUAAAUGAGGUAACUGAUGCUGAAUGUCAAUACAUACAUGUUAAACUAAACUGUGGAGGGAUGAACAAACAUCACUGAGGGCUAUUCAGAAAGUAAACUCUGCUAGGCUGUAAAUAAAAUGUUGCAAUACUUAAAACAAAUUUACUAUAAAUGUCUUGAAACUAUACCUUUCAUUUAGUUCCCUACAAAAACACCAUUCAGAUUUAAGCAAUUACCAACUCUCCUAAUGAAUUCAGUAAUUCCCUCUGCACAAGAUCCUGGUGCCUGCAGUUGCAGCUAACCCAUGGCAGCAUCUUCAAGUUCAGCACUGUCAAAGCAUGGGCAGCCAAGCCAGUUUUCUUGUGUGUGGAAAGGUGGAAGUUUCUUGGUGCCCAAUUUUCACUUUAGGGUGAACGCUCAAAAACUUGCCAUUUCAACUGGCACAACAAUUCUUAUUUACCAGACAACAAGGAUGAUCUAGAAUUGUUGAGCCAGAACAGUGGUAGAGAGACCACACUUUAUUUUGAAUCUUAGUUAUCUUAAUGGUUCACAGUACACUUCAGAAUUGCUUAUCCUUCUACUUUCUAUAAAAGCCACCAACAAUAUUCCUUUAGUGUCCCAAAAGAGUGGUAGUGAAAACUGGUGUAGCUGACAGAGUCAGCAUGUUGUUCUGGUUUGUUAGAUGUGGUGGUAUGAUCUCACAGCUUUGACUGCCGUUUUGUCUUCACGUACCUGUCUCAUUACAGAUCACGAUUGUGUCUGGUAGGUUUCCUCCUCAAGUAUUGGUUCCAAAAAAGAAGUUUAAGACAAGCAGUUACACACUGAGUUUUUUGGCUCUUGGAAAGGAGUUUUGGAACCAUUAAGCACAGCAGUUUAUGUACCUCAGCUGUUUAGCCAUGGUCUUUGGCAAAGCACUGAGAAACAUGUGUAAAGUUAUCUGAAAGGUGAGAUAAUUGUGAGGCGCUAUUCCAUGAAUUACUUCAACAUUUGAAACCAGUUCAUUGCUGGGUACAUAUGAACUGCCAAGUCUAUUACCAUUAUGAGUAUUCGCCCUUCCAUUCUUAAUCAUCUUCCUUCAUGACAUUCUAUCCAUAUGCAGCACAUUCCUCAUGAUGAAUGAUGUCAAAAGUCCCCCCCCCCCCCUCUCUACUAAAUUCCAUUUUAUGGAAUGGAUUUUACAUCGUCUGUGAUUUUCAAUUACAGUGCUCACCUGAACAUCUACUGUGGGCGAACAAGAAGCAAUGGAGCUUUCUCUCUAUUGCAGCUCUGAGCUCACUCAUUUGCUGCAUGAGUCAGUGUAGUAACUGUUCUGCCCCCCCCCCCCCCCUCUCCCCCCCCCCCCCCCCCCCACACACACACACCUGUUGCUUCCCAUGCUACAGAGAUUACUUUCUGGCCCUCAUGAAUUCCCUCUUUAGUGGCACUUACUCGAUUCCUCAUCCUUUUAAUUUCCCUCAAUUGUAAUAUUAACAAAAAUUAUUGCUCAAAAAUCAUUUACUUUAUUUAUCUGUAAAACAUUCCAGCUACUAUUACCACAUUAACAAAAAGUUGCUGGCCUUCUAAUUGUUGCUCAGAUCUACAUAACAACUAAUCCCAGGGAAGUUAACAGAAAAGUUCCAGAACUAAGUGUCUUAGCUCAUUAGGACUAAAUUAUUUGAAUCGUAUUCUGGAUCUCAGCAGAACUAAUUUUGUGUGGCCCUUCCUCAAAAUUUGUGUUCAUAUUAGUGGUUCCUAACAUUUCUUAUGUUCUUCUAAUCAACUGAAGGAAGCACUAAGUGAUAAUAAUACAUACAUUUGUGUUGUUACAUUGUGUGUUUUAAAUUAGUAAUGGAAAUUUUCAUUGUUCAGUCUUGGGAUUUUGAUUCUAGUGUAUAAAGUUCUGUUAUGGAGCUAACUUUGUAGAUUACUCUUCCAAAUAGUGUAAGUGCUUGCUUUUCACUUUAACUUCCAGUCACUUCCCCUGCUUCUCUGUAUAGCUUGAUAAUGCUUUAAAAGAAGAAAAUAUAAUUAUGUAAAACUGUCAUGUCAAUUGCUAAAAUAGUUCAGCAGGCAGUGCUGGGCUGUGCUGUGCUUUCCUGCAGAAGCUUAACUCAAGAAAAUUACUUCAGCUGUUUGCAUUUAUGUGGUAUCCAAACCUUUUAAAUUUUGCAAAUGGAGGAGGCUUUAUUUUUUUGACCUACCAUAGAGAGAGCCAUUUGUUACACAGUUGGACAUUUCUUUUCUUUGAGCUACCUGGGGAAACAAAUACUGAAUGUAUGAAGUGUUCUCUUGUAUUUAAAAGUUAACUCAAGAACUGUUGUAAGAUUCUGUAAACUUUUAAUAACAUUGUGUAUUUAUUUCUA